AUGUCAUCUUCCCCAAACCAAGAUGGAAUAUCAAUAAAGCAGCCAGACACUUUCAAGGUUCCACCGCAGAGUGAUACGAGGAUCAGUUCAGGUUCCUCCGCUCAAAAUGGCAACGUGAUAUCUAAGGAAGAGUGGGCGGGGACUCUCUUUGGCGACCGUGGGCUCCUGUCAGGAAUUUUUCAAAUGCUCGAUCAACAAAAGAAAAUCUCUCCGUCGCCGAUGAGCGAUUCGUCAGGGAAAAUCAACAGUGAGAGCAGCAACUCAUUCGACUUCAAACGAAUAGUCGACGCCUUAUUCAAAGGAGCCGAUAGUGAGACAUUCGGUGAUCCUGGACCUGAACUUCCCGAGUUUCUUGGACUAUGCAAUCGACUCAGUUGUGGUGACAUCUACAAAGCGAUCGAUAAAUUCAGGAGAUCCGAAUUCUUCAGCAACUUCCAGACUGCACUCAGCUUGAUACAUGAUCCGAAUGGAUGGGAAACUAUCGGGAAUCUUUUGUCGAAUCCUGAAUUGAUUUCGCAGUUCACAGCUGGUACCGGCAUGGAGGAACUAUUCGGAAGUGCUCUGGGAGAGGCAAAGAAGGAAUCAGCAAAAGGUGAGCAAAAUAUUGUUAUGCUACAUUCAAGCACGAGAUGCUUUUCU